AUGAUGCUGAUUGGAAGUAAAUACUACGCAAAGAGAGGAAGAUCUCUGGACUCUGCCUUACUGGAUGACCAGGUGAGGAUGGCACCGUUUACAGUAAAUCAGUCAUAUUCCAGCAAAUGUGAAGAGAAGAAAGUCAACAAGGAAAACUGCAGGAGUGAGACCUUCAGCGAAGGUGCAAGGACAACAAUUGUGUUUGCCUUGAAGAAUGAAGUUGGUGGACUAGUCAGAGCCCUCAAAAUAUUUCAAGAGAAAAAUAUCAAUCUAGUUCAUAUAGAGUCCAGAAAGUCAAGGAAGAGGGAUUCAGAAAUUGAGAUAUUUGUGGACUGUAUCAGCACAAAAGAAGAGUUCAGUGAACUCAUCCAGUUGCUGAAGGCCCAGACAACCGUCAUCUCCCUGAAACCACCAGUCUGCAGCUCGAUAGAGGAGGAAGGACCUGAUGGUGUUCCCUGGUUUCCUAGAAAGAUUGCUGAAUUAGAUAAAACUUCCCGGAGAGUCUUGAUGUAUGGCUCAGAAUUGGAUGCAGAUCACCCAGGCUUUAAGGACAAUGUCUACAGAAGGAGAAGAAAGUAUUUUGUGGAUGUUGCAAUGAAUUACAAGUAUGGUCAGCCCAUUCCUAGAGUGGAAUACAUAGAAGAAGAAAUUAAGACCUGGGGCACAGUAUUCAGAGAACUGACAAAACUUUACCCAACUCAUGCUUGCCAGGAGUACCUUAAGAAUUUCCCUCUUCUAACGAAAUAUUGUGGCUACAGAGAGGAUAAUAUCCCACAGCUGGAAGAUGUUUCUGUAUUUUUGAAAGAUCGAUCAGGCUUUACAGUAAGACCAGUGGCUGGAUACCUGUCUCCAAGAGACUUUUUAGCAGGAUUAGCUUUUCGAGUUUUCCACUGCACUCAAUAUGUACGGCACAGCUCAGAUCCCUUUUACACACCAGAACCAGACACUUGCCAUGAACUGCUGGGACAUGUACCACUCCUGGCAGAUCCAAAAUUUGCACAGUUUUCACAAGAACUAGGUCUUGCCUCUCUUGCUGCAUCCAACGAAGAUGUUCACAAGUUAGCCACUUGUUACUUCUUCACAGUGGAGUUUGGGCUCUGUAAACAAGACGGGCAACUACGUGCUUAUGGUGCAGGACUUUUAUCUUCUAUUGGAGAACUCAAGCAUGCUCUGUCCGACAAGGCGAUUGUCAAACCUUUUGACCCAAAGACAACCAGUACUCAGGAAUGCCUCAUCACAACCUUCCAAGAAGCUUAUUUUGUGUCAGAAAGUUUUGAGGAAGCCAAAGAGAAAAUGAGGGAAUUUGCAAAGUCAGUCAAACGUCCAUUUUCUGUAUAUUACAACUCGUACACCCAAAGCAUCGAGACACUGAAGGAUUCCAGAAGCAUUGAAAUGCUUGUUCAAGACAUCCGGAGCAAUCUGUGCAUUGUGUCAGAUGCUUUAAUGAAAAUGGACAAACACAUCGGAAUUUGA